AAGCAGACAUGUAUAUUAUAAAGUUUAUGGGAACGGUAUUUUUUUUUUUUUAAGUAGCCUAUGCAAUUAGCCUACAUUGAAGAUGCCAGGAAAUUGAGUAGCCUACGCUAUUGCCCAACUGAUCGCAAAAACAGAGUUUCAAAGGUACAGCUAUCGUGACGUCACUCAUCCGCGGCAGAGUGAGAGAGCAGCGACGAUCGGCUGCGGAGGAUACCGACCCCGCAGCGGGGACGGGACAACCGCCAGGCGAGAUGGCCCCUAUCCCUUUCUUCCUUGCAUCCCGCAUCGCAACGACCCCUUGGCACGCAUGAAGCCCCCGUUGAUGAAGCCAAAACCGGCCAAAGCAAGGCAGAAAAAGGCCACUGAGAGAGAGAAUGUACUGGCGCGUCGGGUUCGCCUGGACGCGCUCGUUUGUGGUUGAUCUUGGACGGAACCAGAGCUUCUCCUUCGGCUUGUGCGGCUCCAAUGAGCAGCUCUCGUUGUAUGGGUACAUCAURGCCUACCCUCUGCAGGACUACGGCGGGAUCAUGCCGCUCCUUGGGUCGGACUCGUGGUGGCGGAAAACGCUCUAUCUGACCGGGGGCGCUCUGCUUGCCGCCGCUGCCUAUCUACUGCACGAGCUGCUCGCCAUCAGGAAAGAACAGGAGCUGAACUCUAAAGAUACCAUCAUCCUCCACCAGUUCUCCAGGCCAAAGAGUGGUGUCCCAUCUCUCUCCCCCUUCUGCCUCAAGAUGGAGACCUACCUGCGCAUGGUGGACCUGCCCUACCAGAACUACUUUGAUGGGAAGCUGUCUCCCCAGGGGAAGAUGCCAUGGAUAGAGUACAACCAGGAGCAGGUGUCUGGUACAGAGUUUAUCAUCGACUUCCUGGAGGAGAAGCUGGGCGUGAGCCUCAACAAGAACCUCAGUCCCCCGGAGAAGGCUGUGUCCCAGGCUGUCACCAAGAUGGUGGAGGAACACUUCUACUGGACCAUAGCGUACUGUCAGUGGGUGGACAACCUGGAGGAGACCCAGAAGAUGCUGGCAGUGAGUGGGCCACUGAGUGACCUACUCAAGUGGAUCCUGAGUCGCCUGACUGGCAGCAUUGUGAAGAGGGAGAUGUACGGCCACGGGAUUGGACGAUUCACCAAGGAGGAGGUCUACUCUCUAAUGGAGAAGGACAUGCGGACGCUGGCCACCCUACUCGGUGAUAAGAAGUACCUGAUGGGUCCUAAGCUGUCUAUGGUGGAUGCCACUGUGUUCAGCCAUCUAGCCCCUGCCAUGUGGACCCUGCCGGGCACAAGGCCAGAGCAACUCAUCAAAGGCGAGCUGAUCAACCUGGCCAUUUACUGUGAGAGGAUCCGCCGGCGCUUCUGGCCCGAGUGGUUUGUUGAUCUGGAGGAUUUCUGUUACGAUGACACCACAGAGGACGACGACUCCCCGUCCAAACUCCAGGACCUGGGGCUGUACUCCCGUACAGACACCUUCCAGGAUGAGGCCAGCCCUCCUCACACGCACACACACACAAUCUCACCAGACAGUGACCUCACGGGCCACUCGCUCUACGACUCGGACAUGGACACAGAGGGCUCUGAGAUGGAGCAGCUCAAGUGUUGACUGCCGUAUGACACACACACGACACACACACCGCCUGGAGGGGUCUCAUUGCCCCCCCCCUCCCCACAACACAGCGCCCUGUACCUGUUGAGCAGGGAAUAACUACUGAGGGGCAUUUCUGUUGCCAGAGGCUGUUGUUUGUGUUAAUGAGUGAUGGAUUCAGAGAUUCUACACACACAAUGGGCUGGAGGAAAUGAAAGACUGAAUAUAGAUAUAAAGGAAUAGAGAUAGAGGAGUAGAGAAAAAAAGGGAGUAAAAUAGGAAGAGAGAGAAAAACAGCCAAAGAGGGAUAGACAGAGGUAAAGAUAAACCGAUGGAGAAAAGAGUUGAGAAAAAGAAAGAUCAGGAGUUAAUGACGCCAUCGCUGAGAAACUCCUCUACCUGGGUGACAUCAACGCCUGUUGCCCAGUUUCGCAUUGUCGAGUUGUUGUUACCACGGCAACAACGUGGUGUGUGUUACCUGUGUCCCCCAAUUUGAGAUGCAUUGUGUGUUUGACGUACCAUGUGUGUUUGACGUACUGACCCCGUGACUUGCGUCRUUGCAAAAUAUGAAUCAUUCUAUUGAUAUGUCAGACACUGUUCAGACAAGAUGCAGAUGAGUGCAGUUUCAUAUAAAUAUGUAAUCAGAUCCCAAAUCUGAUUUAAUAUGAGUAUACAUAGUAUAGAUAGCCUGCUAAUUACAUAUAUGAUCCCAAUGUCAUAUAAUGCAAAUAUGUGGUUCUCCCAUACAACAUCUCAGUGCUUGUUAAAUAUGACCAAACUACCUGGUGACCCCCAACUAACCCCUUUAUGCUGAUCUAGGAUACGUUUUAGAACUUCUAAUUCAUCCAUUUGUUCCCAGAAGACUGACACUUUUCAUCUGCAGUCAGGGCAUUGAGUAUUUCCUCAACCCUUUAUAGAAUAGUCUGAUGUUAUGGGGGAGUUGCAGAUAUUGUAGAUUGUGGGGACAUCUCAAAAGUCUAAAGUGGCUUCCUUUCCUCGUCUCCUCUCUAUAAUCUGCACAGAUCUGAAAACAUUGGAUAGGUGAAAGCAAUAUGGUGGAUGCCUACUGGAACGUUCUUCCACUUGUCCAAUUCUUUCAUAUCAGAUGAAGAGGAGGAGAGGAAACUACUGGAGAUCCUUAGUUGUGUGUACUUUUAGCCAUUGAGAGCAGAUGAAACAAUCAUGUAGAAAUAGACUAAAUAGACUAGAUAGACAUGGAGUUGCAUGGCUGAUAGGUGCCAAUGAAAAUCACACUUUAUCCUGCUGGUUAUCUGUUAUCUACGUUUCUACGCUGGCCUGUCUUAAUGUUUACUGUGAUGCAGUGUGUCUGUGCAUAUGUGUGUACCUCAGGCCAGAGAAAGAGCACAUGCAAUAGAUGAAAAGAACARUUAGGCUUUUGCUCAGCAUCUCAGUUUUCAUCACAUAUAGCUGGUGUGUCCACCCCCCUUUAAGAGUGAAUCUUAUCUAGAAAUAGAAGGAAGAGAAUGGUCAUUGUUGCUUUAAGCAUCAAUUCACUCUGUGCUAAGCAUGAAACCACUACUAUAACCCACAGUGUUGGUUGCUAGUCUUACUUAAUAGGGCUGUGUGGAACAGUGAAACAGUCUAUUCUAAUUAGUCUAUUUCUAGUGCAUGGCUGGUGUGUGUGUGUGUGUGUGUGUGUGUGGUGUGUGUGUGUGUGUGUGUGUGUGUGGUGUGUGUGUGUGUG